GUGCUCGCGGCCGCACCCCAGUCUAGAAAAAAAUAAAAAUAAAAAUAGAAUAAAAAAAAAUAUUGAAAGAGGUGUCGCAAUCACUAAUAAAACGAAGUAAAGCUGGAAAGAGAGAAAGGGGCAAUAAAAAGGCUCGACACAGAGUCACACACGCAGAUCUAAGAUCUCAAUUCUAAAUGCUGAUGCUCAUUUCUCGAUCUAAGUGUACAUAGCGUAAGUUUUCUGUUCGCAUCUCUUCUUAUAACAAUAGCCAUGUCAAGGAGGCCUGUGAAUUCCUCCCGCCGAUUUGUGGACGGUGGAGGCUUUCCUUUCGCCGGAGCCCUGCAUUCCAAAUCGAGAUCUUCUCCGAUAUUGUCCAUUGGUCUUAUAGUUGUGGGAGCUUUCCUUAUUAUUGGUUAUGUUUGUAGGGGCUCAGAUAAAUUUCGAGCUGAAGCAGUUAGCAGGGUUGAAGGUGACUAUUCAUGCACAUUAGAAGUCCAGAGGGCAAUUCCUAUUCUUAAGAAAGCAUAUGGUGAUGGCAUGCACAAAGUCUUGCAUGUAGGUCCUGAUACAUGUUCAGUAGUUUCUAAACUGUUGAAAGAGGAUGAAACUGAAGCAUGGGGUGUGGAACCAUAUGAUAUAGAGGAUGCAGAUGCAAACUGCAAGAGUCUUGUGCACAAAGGCAUUGUCCGUGUGGCUGAUAUCAAGUUCCCUCUUCCCUAUAGACCAAAGUCAUUUUCUCUUGUUAUUGUGUCUGAUGCUCUUGAUUACCUAUCUCCGAAAUACCUGAACAAGACUCUUCCUGAUUUGGCAAGGGUUGCUGCUGAUGGUCUUGUUAUUUUCACAGGUUACCCUGGUCCUCAGAGAGCUAAAGUUGCAGAAUUAUCCAAAUUUGGGCGGCCGGCCAAGAAGAGGAGCUCAUCUUGGUGGAUUCGCUUUUUCGUCCAAACAAGCUUAGAAGAAAAUGAAGCUGCCAUUAAGAAGUUUGAGCAGGCUGCAUCCAAGAGGUCAUAUCAGCCAGCGUGCCAAGUUUUUCAUCUAAAUCCUUACCAUUGAUAUAGAAAUUCAUAAUAUUGAAAUUUUAUGACUUUCAUAAGUUCUCCAAUCAAGCCAAGAAAAUAUCAACCCUUAUAAAAAUAUAGCCUUCCCCGAGUAACCAAAUUUGGUGGAGAGAUGGAGUUGAUGUCAGCUUAUGUUGUGCCCUUACAUUAUAAACUAGGUAUUUUUUCUUCUUUCUUUUUUCUUUUUUCUUUUUUCUUUUUUUUUUGAUGGAAAGGUAUUUAUUAAUUUAAUUGAUGGGAAAGUUACACUUAUUGUUUUGACAUGGAUGCAUUUUUUUGAA